AUGAUUCAAAUACCGUUUGGUUUCUCCAGCUAUGGACAUCCAUGUGGCUUUACUCUACUGGAAAGGUGCCAGAAUCUUAAGCAGUCGGAGAAGGAUCAGUACCUAUACAUGCUUGGUAUUGUCUCAGACUUCGUCUUUCAGACCAUGCAACAGUUCCAGGCCCAGGCGAACCUCCCCGCACUUUGUCCGGAUAAAGUCCGUGAUUCCAUUUACGCAAGACGUGUUCGCAAGUGGUUGAAGCUCCCGUACAAAUCUGAGAUGGGAGCAGAAAUAGCUUUAGCCGUGCUUGUACCUCUUGGCCCAAAGCCAAAUGACAUUCCAAGAAACAAAAAGCACAUUGACAAAAGCAACCCUGAUGACCCUCUUUAUGGUAAGACUGGUUGCUACUCCCAGGUGGUUACCGCUAAUGGCAAGGACAUGUACCUAUUUCAGGUGAUAAUAGCAUGGCGGAAAUGGAUCUCCAACAAAUGUCCGCACAAACACAACCUACUGUUACUCUCCCAGAAAGAAUAUGAAUGUGACAAAUUCAAUGUAUACAAGGAAACUGAAGAGGACGGCAAGGUUGCCGAAGACAGGUGUGGCCAGGAAGACAGCAACAAUGAUGUCAACAAAAGCAGCAACGACAAUGGUAGCAGUGAAGAUGAAGACGACAGUGGCAGUGAAGAUGAAGAUAGUAGCAGUGAAGAUGAAGAAUAUAGCAGCAGCUGCAUGCGCAAUGAAAAAAGUGAUGAAGAUGAAGUCCCAUAUCAAACAUUUACUGGGACUGAGAUACUCUCCUCCAUUGUUCAAGGGACUCAAGGAGAAAGCACAGGAAGUGUUCACUCUUCACCAACCCAAAUGAUCUUUGAGAAGUUGGUUCUGGGUGGAAUCACCAACUUUGUGUGCAAAAAAUGCCAAGUUUCGCGCGAAGCGCAAAGUUUCAUGAAAGUUGAAAGGGGUUUGGGGCGAAGCCCCAUACCUUUUCUACCGAGGAGAACCAACUUUCAUGAAACCUCUCGUGAUGGAUUGGCGGUUGAUGCCAGACCGGCUACCUAA